AUGCAUUGGUACGGAGGCAGUAUGGCGGAGGCUGUGAAUCUAUCUAAACAGAGGAACGCUAUUUUCGUUGUAUUUGUAGAAGAUGAUAACAAUCUGUCCAAGGAGCUCCUUUCUACAAUAGAUGACAGUGCGGUUGUCAAACGUCUCACCGAUGAAAACAACUUCUUGGCUGUUAAGUUGAAGAGUGGCUCCGAGAACUACACAUACUUUGCACAGAUCUACCAGUUUGUGCCGGUACCUUCAUUAUUCUUCAUCGGUCGUAAUGGGACUCCGUUGGAGGUUGUAUGUGCCGGCGUGGAGCCUCACAACCUGGCAACCAGGAUUGACAGGAUCCUCAAAGAACACCGUAAAGAACAACCAUCCGACCUAGUUGAACCGUCAACUUCAUCCAAAAACAUUAAAGAUGAAACCGUCAACUUCAUACAAACAGAAGCCACAGCCAGCACCGCUUCAGCUGAAGAUAAAACACCGCAACCCAAUGACAGAGCAGCGGCGACCCCCAAAACAGCCACAGAAACCCCCAAAACAACACUCGAAGACCCCAAAACAAACCCAGAAACCCCCAAAAGUAAUGCUGUAGAAGAAUCAGAAUCAGGUCCCGCUGCCAAGAUACAAAAGAUGGAUAAACCCGAAUCCCCGGAGUAUGAAGUGGUGUGUGUGGGUGAUGUAUGUGUUAGGAAACCUCGCGCCGACCUACCAGAAGCAUCCAGUUCUAAUAAGCCGGAACCAAGCCCUGUAUCAGCGCAGGAGAGUUCAGUCAGUAAUGAUGACAAGAUAGAGAAGGCCAAGGAACUGAUAGAAAUAAGACGGAGAGAAAAGGAAGCUAAGGAAAAAGAGUUGGAGAAACAGAAAGAAUUGGAGCGUCGGUCUGUGGGUCAGGGAGUGUCUGAAUUGAAGAGGUGGCAGGCGGAGCAGGAAAUGAAACAGAUACAGGAGGAGAGAAAGAGAGAGAAAAUGGAAAAUGAGCUCGCGAGACAACGAAUACUGGAACAAAUAGCACAGGACCGAGCGGAGAGGAGAGCUCGCGAGAAUGUGAACACACAGAACGUACAACAGACGACCGUGCAACAGACACCGCCACCUGCCACAUCAGGUGACUCGUUCAGUGCCCGCGUUCAGUUCAAGUUACCUGAUGGUACCACUCAUGUGGCGACCUUCCCCGCGAGAGCGACUGUUCGUGACGUCACCACAUACGUCACACAACAGCUACAGCCGGAAGGUCUAUUCUCCCUAUGGACAGCGUUUCCUCGUCGUGAGUUAUCAUCACCGGCCAGUACACUGCUCGAGCUACAACUAGCGCCCUCUGCUGCGCUACUGGUGUUGCCGCAAAGGUCUGGAUUACAACCCGCUGUGGGACCUGGGCCAUUUGCGUUCCUGACCACUCUAUUCACAACGCUCUUCCUAAACCCAACAUAUCAGAUAUUCUACUGGAUUAGAGACCGAUUCUUCCCGGUGUUAUCUAGACCGAGUGCACCAGACCAGUCUAGACCGGAACCAGCCAGACCGGAGCAGUCUAGACCGAGGAGUGGUCUACGGAGACGAGGGAAUGUUCACAGACUGACUGGCGAUGGAAACAAUGAUGAUGAUAAUAAUACAUGGAAUGGAAACUCAACGCAGCAGAUGUAG